UCAAGCGACGAAACAGAGCUGCCAAUAAAACGAAGGGCUUUUGACAAACAGCUGAAACAUGAAAUUGCUGUGUAGUGCUUGAAGAUAACCAUUGUUCAUAUGGUGUUUUGCUGACAGUUGUAUUUAAUUUAACAUAAUAUUUAUUUUCAUACGUUUUUGUCAUGUCAGUGAACAGAGAAGAAGUUCUAGCCGAUUUUCAGGCGUGUACAGGAAUAGAUGAUGUUGCAGAAGCAAUUCUGCAUUUGGAAGAAACUAACUGGGAUCUUUUGGGUGCUAUUAAUCGUGUGAUGCCCCAAGACACACAGACACUACCGUCAGAAGUGGAUCCUGAUGUUCAAAUGGUGGAAGAAGUGAAACGUCCACGUUCUGUGUCUACAAGAGUUACUCGCGCUAGCAGUUCUAAACUAUCGAGUGGUGCUAACAGUUCUCACCGUUUUCGUAUGCCAACGAGUAUCAGCGCCGAUGUCAUAUCUCUUCCUUCAACGUCUCAUGGUCGUGAAGCCAGAUCACUGAAUUUUCAUGUGUACUUCAGAGAGAGGGAUGCUAAACUCACAGUUUCAGAUACAGAUACUGUUGGUGAACUAAAAAGCACUAUAUUUGCACGUUUGGGAGUGCCAGUGUGUCAGCAGACUCUUCAAGGAUGGAAGAAUAAUCCAAAGUCUGAUUCAGUAACAUUAUCUAGCCUGAAUCUACCCAAAGAAAACACACUUUAUGUUAUUGUUCCAGACCUUGAAGACGGGUGUACUGCUGCAGAAGAGUCGAAAUUUGUUGAGAGGCUGAUUCAGACGUACACUCUUAACAUUCAUGAUCAAACAAAUAAUAAAACUUACAAGCUAAAGUUCUUGGGCUCUAAAACUAUUCUUGAAGUGAAGACCGAUGUGUAUACUCUCACAGAUAUACCAGUGAGGCAUCAGGUGUGGAAAGGUUGGCCACCAAAUGUUGUAAAUGACAAAACGACAUUAGCAUGUUCUGGCAUAAAUUAUCCAUCCCAUGAUUUUGUUUUGGAGCGAGCAGCCUCUACAGCCAACAGUGAUAAGAGAAUUGUUGUUGAUCUGGUGGAGAGUGACAAUAGCUCAGCAGAAGAGUUUGAAGAUGCAUCAGAGACAUUUGCUGUUGAAGACGAUAUCUUCGUUGAUGUUGAAACUAAAAGAAUGCAGCCCUUAAUUCCAGAUAACGUAGAGGAUGAAACUGCUGCCUGCAUUCACUUUUGUGACCAGUUUACAAGUCGUUAUGGUUCGUCACAUCCAGACUUUUUCCCAGGAUCUUUGGAAGAUGCAAUUAAAGAGGCUUGUAUGAAACCUGCAAAAGAUCGGCGGCUGUUGGCUAUUUAUCUCCACCACGAUGCAAGUGUCUUGACAAAUGUGUUCUGCACACAGCUUCUAGGAUAUGAAUCAGUUCUGCAGUGCCUGAGUAAUCACUUUGUUGUGUGGGGCUGGGACCUCACACAUGAAUCCAACAAACAAAAGUUUUUGGCAUCAGUUUCUAAGGCACUUGGGUCAGUUGCCGCAAUGACAAUCCGCAGCAUAGAUGUGGACACACUUCCUGUUUUGAUAAUUAUAAUGCGGAUGAGAUCUACAACAGACAUAUAUACAGUAGUGCAUGGCAAUAUUGGAGUAAAUGAACUACUUACAAGUUUAGUUCAAGCUGUAGAGGUAUUUACGGAGCAACAGCGAAUAGAUGUGAAGGAGGAAGAAGACCGAGCAGCUAGGGAACGUGUUAAAAUGGAGCAGGAUGCAGCUUACCAAGAAUCGUUAGCAGCUGAUAGAGCAAAAGAAGAAGCAAAACGCCGCCAGGAAUUAAUGGAGUCGAAAGAGAAAGAGAGAAAACAGAUAUUACGGCAAGAGAUAGAACUUAUUCGAGAAGCCUACCGUCUUGAAAUAGAAUCUCAGCUGCCGGAGGAACCAGAGGAAGAUUCUGGGGAAGAUAUAACAAAAAUAAGAUUCAGAUUGCCUAAAGGAGAAACUGCUGUUCGUCGAUUUCGGGCACGAGCACCUUUAAAGGUGUUACUCGAUUAUUUAGUGGUGCUAGGUUACCCUCCAGAUGAAUACAAAGUAUUAUCCAGCUGGCCACGAAGGGAUCUUACUGCAUUGGAUCCAAAAAGUACAUUACAAGAACUAAAACUUUAUCCACAAGAAACUGUGAUUUUAGAAGAACGAUGAAAUUUUUCACUGAAUAUGCCUUACAAUCUUUUUUUGUGAAGAAUUUUAAGUGGCUGAAAGGAAAGUAUCACGAAUACUUGUUAUGAGGCCAAAUGUCAAUACUGUACAUAUUUAAGCUGGGAACACUCUGUUGCCCAAUAAUUUUUUGUUUGGGCUAACUUUCAUAAGUACAUAAAAUUAUACUUAGCUAUAAAAUCAUGUAUAUCUGCUCCACCACUUUUUUAUGUAAUGUUAUUUAUGAAACAAUUAGUUAUUUUUUGCCAAGAAAUUUUUGCCAUUUGAAUUUUCUAUAAUUUCAAAAGAACCAACCCCGUAAACUACACAGAUUGGUUAUAUUUAUUCUUGGUAUACAUUGAUUGAAAUGCAGAAUACUGCAUAUGAAAAUAAUAGAAAACUUGACUAAAAUUUCUGUGUCUGUCUGUAACUGUGACAGGAUUCUCUUCUGUGUUCUGUACUAGUGUGCUGCCACCUCCCACUCCCACCUCUCCCACUCCCACCUCUCCCUCUCCCACCUCUCCCUCUCCCACCUCUCCCUCUCCCACCUCUCCCUCUCCCACCUCUCCCUCUCCCACCUCUCCCUCUCCCACCUCUCCCUCUCCCACACACACACGCACAUGCCCACACUCGCACACAAAAUUGCCACUUGAGAACAGCUUACAUGGCAUUUCCAACAAUAAGCACAGUAUUGACAGAAUGACUACUUUGAUUGUAUCAAUCAUUUUUGUAUGCAAACUUGAUAAUUCUGAUGUAAGUUUUUCUGCUAAUGUGUGGUGAAACUACAUGUAAGGUAAUUCCCAUGUAUGCUUGAGAGAGUUUGUGUUCAGAUGGUGGAGAUUUUGUUUCACACACGUUUAUCACUGAAAGCGAAUGUAAUGUUAUGCAACAUAUUUUAUCACCUUUGUGCCUAUCAUUAUGCAAGAAAAACAACAUAAGGUUGGGACUUAUUUCUGUGGCAUUACUGAAGAACUUAAUUUAUGAGACAAAAGUGUGCAAGAAUGAAACUACACUGAAAUGAAAUCAGAAUAAAACUUCUGCAUGUGAACUUCUCUGCUAUUAGAGGAGGACUUUCGUUUAUGAGAAAAAAAAGUGCAAGAAUAGAACAACUACUAGAUAAAAACAGGAAAGACAUACAAAAUGUCAGAAAAGCAACACAGACAAAUAGUUGUUGGCAGAAACACUAGCUAUCAGGAGAACAGUUUCCAUCGUCCAGCAAAAAGAGGCAAAGCAUUUGCAUCUAUACCGUAGAUUUAAAAAUGGAAGUUGCCCAGGAAUUUCAUAGUUUCAUUAACAAAUAUUUCAUUUACAUAUAGGAAACCUUGUACUUGUACUUGUGCUUUGCUUAAACUAUGUGGAAAAAAGUACAAGAGUAGUUUAAUUAUGAAGGGAAAACUUGUUUCAUGAAGUCAGUAUAAGUCCAGUCUUUACUAGCAGAAAAGAAACUAGGAGGUUUGAAGUAUAAGAUAAUGGAUUGUUGAGACCAGUCACCAGGUAAUGGGCUCUUCAAACUGUUAUCUGUUCCAAUUUGGUGAUAGAACGUUUUUUUCCACCAUAUUUCUGAAGUGAUAAUAAGUGUGAUCAGCUGCAUGGACAUCCCUCCCAGAAAGCCAUUGUACUUAUGGCAUGAUGUCUUUGGUGUGUUACAAGAUUAAAUUAUAGAAAUUAGACUUCUGUGCUGGAAAGUUAGACUUCACUUAAUUUUAAAAAUAAAAUCUUGGUAAUUUUUUA